CCGUUCCGCCCCCAUCUCCCCGGCUGCCGCCUGCGGGGCGUCUUUGCUGGGAGCCCUCCCGGCGGGCCGGUCGUGUCCCUGCCGCGGACCCCCGGUGGUUUGACGUUUAUCGGGAGCUCCCGCGGCAGAGCCCAGCAGCCGGUGAGGGCAUCAUCCCGCGUCGUAAUUAGCGAGGUCUCCGGAGCUGGCCAGAAUGGCGCAGUGGAACCAGCUGCAGCAGCUCGACACACGGUACCUGGAGCAGCUCCACCAACUCUACAGUGACAGCUUCCCCAUGGAGCUCCGGCAGUUCCUGGCCCCAUGGAUUGAGAGCCAGGACUGGGCGUACGCGGCCAGCAAGGAGUCUCAUGCCACGCUGGUGUUCCACAACCUGCUGGGGGAGAUCGACCAGCAGUACAGCCGCUUCCUGCAGGAGUCCAACGUCCUCUACCAGCACAACCUGCGCCGCAUCAAGCAGUUCCUGCAGAGCAGGUACUUGGAGAAGCCGAUGGAGAUAGCCCGCAUCGUGGCUCGCUGUCUGUGGGAAGAGUCCCGGCUCCUCCAGACGGCUGCCACCGCUGCCCAGCAAGGGGGACAGGCAACACAUCCGACAGCAGCUGUAGUGACAGAAAAGCAGCAGAUGCUGGAGCAGCAUCUUCAGGAUGUGAGGAAGAGGGUGCAGGAUCUGGAGCAGAAGAUGAAAGUGGUGGAGAAUCUCCAGGAUGACUUUGAUUUUAACUACAAGACUUUGAAAAGCCAAGGAGACAUGCAGGAUCUGAAUGGAAACAACCAGUCGGUGACCCGGCAGAAAAUGCAGCAGCUGGAGCAGAUGCUCACGGCGCUGGACCAGAUGCGAAGGGGUAUUGUGAGCGAGCUGGCUGGGCUGCUCUCAGCCAUGGAGUAUGUGCAGAAGAUGCUGGCAGAUGAGGAACUGGCAGACUGGAAGAGACGGCAGCAGAUCGCCUGCAUUGGUGGCCCCCCCAAUAUCUGCUUGGACCGGCUGGAGAACUGGAUAACCUCUCUUGCCGAAUCACAGCUACAGACUCGGCAGCAGAUCAAAAAGUUGGAAGAGCUGCAGCAGAAGGUGUCCUACAAGGGUGACCCAAUUGUCCAGCACCGGCCCAUGCUGGAGGAGCGGAUUGUGGAACUGUUCAGGAACCUGAUGAAAAGCGCGUUCGUGGUGGAGCGGCAGCCCUGCAUGCCCAUGCACCCCGACCGGCCCCUGGUCAUCAAAACUGGCGUGCAGUUCACCACCAAAGUCAGGUUGUUGGUCAAGUUUCCAGAGCUGAACUAUCAGCUGAAAAUUAAAGUCUGCAUUGACAAGGAUUCUGGGGAUGUUGCAGCACUGCGGGGGUCCCGGAAGUUUAACAUCCUGGGGACAAACACCAAGGUCAUGAACAUGGAGGAGUCCAACAACGGCAGUCUCUCAGCAGAGUUCAAGCACCUGACCCUGCGGGAGCAGCGCUGCGGGAACGGCGGCAGAGCCAACUGCGAUGCCUCACUGAUAGUCACUGAAGAGCUGCACCUCAUCACCUUUGAGACAGAGGUGUAUCACCAGGGGCUGAAGAUCGACUUGGAGACCCACUCGCUGCCUGUGGUGGUGAUCUCCAACAUCUGCCAGAUGCCCAAUGCCUGGGCAUCCAUCCUGUGGUACAACAUGCUGACCAACAACCCCAAGAAUGUAAACUUCUUCACCAAGCCCCCCAUCGGGACCUGGGACCAGGUGGCAGAGGUGCUGAGCUGGCAGUUCUCCUCCACCACAAAACGUGGCCUCAGCAUCGAGCAGCUGACAACGCUGGCAGAAAAACUUCUAGGGCCAGGUGUAAAUUACUCUGGCUGUCAGAUCACCUGGGCCAAGUUCUGCAAGGAGAACAUGGCUGGUAAAGGCUUCUCUUUCUGGGUCUGGCUGGACAACAUAAUUGACCUGGUGAAAAAGUACAUCCUGGCGCUGUGGAAUGAAGGAUACAUCAUGGGGUUCAUCAGCAAGGAGCGGGAACGAGCCAUCCUGAGCACCAAGCCCCCGGGAACCUUCCUGCUGCGCUUCAGCGAGAGCAGCAAGGAGGGCGGCAUCACCUUCACCUGGGUGGAGAAGGACAUCAGUGGGAAGACCCAGAUCCAGUCUGUGGAGCCUUACACCAAGCAGCAGCUGAACAACAUGUCGUUCGCGGAGAUCAUCAUGGGCUACAAAAUCAUGGAUGCCACCAACAUCCUGGUGUCCCCCCUGGUGUACCUGUACCCGGACAUCCCCAAGGAGGAGGCAUUUGGGAAGUACUGCCGCUCUGAGAGCCAGGAGCACUCGGAACCCACUGACUCAGGUAGUGCUGCUCCAUAUCUGAAGACCAAGUUCAUCUGUGUCACACCCACGCCCUUCAGCAACACCAUCGACCUGCCCAUGUCCCCGCGCACCCUGGACUCGCUGAUGCAGUUUGGCAACGGCAGUGAGGGUGCAGAGGCCAACGCAGGAGGGCAGUUCGAGUCGCUGACCUUCGACAUGGAGCUGACCCCUGAGUGUGCUUCGUCACCCAUGUGAGGUGCCCGCGGGGCCUCCCCGCGCUGCGGCUUCGCGCCUCCGGAGAGCUGCCCGCUCCACCACGGCUGCUCUGGCCUCCCCUUGGGAGGGCCUAGGGUCUUUGCCACCAGUUCCUCAUUUGCCCCAAAUGAACAUCCCCUUCUCUAGGGUGGCGCCAUUUGUCUCUUGGGGCAGUGAGGGAUGAACCUUUUUCUAUUACCUUCCCUAACAGUUUUUUGUUAUUGUUUUGCUCAUUCAAGUGCCUAUUAGCCUCCAAUCGCAGCCUCAGUUUUUAAAACGCUUCUGCAGCCCUGAUCGUGCUGCCUGCUGCCAAAAGCUGCUUUCCUGACUGCCAGAGUCCAAAAGCCUGGGAAGAUCUGACAAGCCUGGAUUUGCCUCCAGGUCCCUCAGAGGGGAUGGGUCGGUCCUGGCCCUCAUGCAGGGUUCCCUCAUGUGGGGUCUGCUAUGCUGUUUCCCCAGAAGGGUCUCCCCUCUGUACACUUGGCCCCUGCUCUUGGCCAGGAGAACCAGGACAUGUCUCAGAGCUGCAAGGUGGAUGGGCCCAGGUGCUCCUGCCCUGCCAGGGCAAUGCCUCUGCUAGAAGCAGGGAGUUUUGGGGCUGCCUCUGCUGGUCUCCAGGUUUCUGCUGCAGGCACCAAGAUCCAGCUGGCUUCAGCAGCCCCAGAGCUCCCGCUGGGACAACUGGCUUCCCUGUCGUGCAAAGGCUGCCUGGGGCAGGGCAGUGGCUGUCCCAACACAGCAUUUGCCUCCAUUUGCAAUUUGGGUCUGUUCUGGGACCUGAGUGUAACCAGAGAGGCUGCCCCAGGGCCAGACUGGUGGUGAGGACACGGUUGUGCUUCCCUGGCUGUGCCCAGUUAGACCCCAUGGACCCCAAGGGAGGGUGGGAGGCUGCUGGGUCCAGCAUGACCUGCAGCUGAUGGGCUGGUCUGUCCCUUUUCUCCCUGGUAUGGCUUGUGAUGGCCCAGGCAUUGGGUUUGCAGCUUCUUGAGGCCUUCUUGUGGCGUUUUGUUGGAGGUUGGCUGUUAUUGUUAAGGUAUGAGGUGACAAGAGUUGAAGGGAGCAGGAUGUAUGUAAGGGGAGGAACCUGCUGGGGAGCCAGCACUCAAAGGAAACAUGGGUGUUGCCAAAGGCCGGUCUCCUUGCUCAGGGGGUUGAGCUGUGCUGCCUAAUGGUUGUGGUUCUGUUCACCAAAAUGGAGGAACCAUCUGCCAUGCAGACUGUUGAGCAUCUCGAAGCCCAUGGUGGUAACGGGGCUGUGGCUGCUGCAGUGGGGUGGCAUGAGGGGGUUGUGUGCUGUGCUCAGCCCUUGGCACAGAGGCUGUGGGUAACAGCAGCAGAGAAACGUGUUGCUGGGAACCAGCCCCUGGCUUUACAGGUCUCUGAUGUGUCUUGAUUUGGCCCUGGGUGGAGAGAAAUUCUUGAUCAUCUGUACCAGUGAUGCUGCUGUGGCACAGGGUCGACCUGUCCCAUGGCUCUGGCUCUUCUGCCCCGUAACGACUGUCGGGUGUCCCCAUGGUCCUCCAGCUGUGGGCUGCACUGUCAGUUUGCUGGCAGGGCAGGAGGAAGGGAGAGAGGAGUGGGGGGUCCUGGCCAGCCCCUUGAGCUGUGGGGUCUGGGCUGCCCCCCCUAAGCUGUGUUGACAGGAGGAGGUGACCGUGGCCACCCCUGGGGACAGGAAGGUCCUUUGGCAUUGGGAGGUGCUCAGAGGGGACAAGGGCCAUGCCCCUCCUUUGCCCCCGUGUGAGCACUUCACUGCCUCCAGCUGCAGUCGCUGUAGCCCCAGGCAACAUUCAAUACUGUAAAAAAAUUUAUUUUUUUGUAUAUUUUAUUGCUGUAUCUACAGGCUUUAACUUUCUCCAAAAUAAAGGCUCUGGAGCACUGUGCUCUGGGGAGAGCUGA